AUGUGGAAAGUGAGUUUUUGUUCUUUGGGUGAUGAUGCUAAUUGCGGUGAAUGGUGUUUGCUAACAAAAUUAAAAAAAACAUGUCCACCCAUUCCUCUUCACGACCUCGGUAGAACCACGAUCAUCGAAAGUCUCAAGUUUGCCGUUUGUGGGGCGCUUCCACCUGGAAACAAGUCCGGUCAAGCUUUCGUUCACGAUCCCAACAGUAUUGGGCAGUCCAGUGUGAAGGCGCAAAUCAAACUACGAUUUACAAAUCGCGGCGGGCGAACAAUGGUUGUGCUCCGGUCAAUGGAACUCGCACAGAAGAAGAAAAACAUGACGUUCAAGCAGCUGGACGGAGUAAUUCGAAUGACAGAUGAAGAUGGUCAGCGCCAAUCUCUCAGUCACAAAUGUAGUGAAUUGGAUCGACAACUCCCCGUUCACCAAGAGGAUGCAAAUUGGCCGCUUCAAGAGGGGGCCGUUCUAAAGAAGCGAUUUGAUGACAUUUUUGAUUCAACCCGUUACACAAAAGCGCUUGAAGUGUUUAGCAAAUUGAAAAAGGAUUACACUUCGAAGGUGAAGGACCACAAAGCAGAUGUUGCCUCGUACUCAUCCCAUUUACAUGCUGCCCAAGGAUUUCAGGCUGAAGUUGAGAAGUAUAGUGACCAACUUGAGCUUGUGGAGCAGGAAAUCGAGGAGAACACUGAGGAGCUACGGCGGACUGAAAACGAGGAAAAGCGGCUCAACGAGAUUCUUGACCAACUAGAUGAAAUUCAACUCGACGUCGACGACAAAAGCAAUAGCUUACACACUUUGACGGAACUUGCAAACAAAACUCGCAAGAUGCUGGAGGAUGACCUGACAGAAGAAAAAUCAGCGAGAGAACUCAAGGAAAUGCUUCGAGACUUUGACUCCAAAUUGAAUGACCAAAUUGACGAAAUGGAUGAUCUGCAAGGGGAAAUCAGCCGAUUGAAGAAUCAAAUUUCGGAGCUGACACAAGAAGAGUCCAAGCUGCAGUCACAAUUGGGAAGGUACCAGGCUGAGAAGGAUGCACAAGUAGAGCGCCAAACUUUGCGUUGCGAAAAAGUGAUUCAAGGAAAUAAUAGAUUUGGGCUCAACUCGACACUAACUGCUUUCUCGCAAAGCCAAAGUAUGACGCAAAAUGCUUCGUUUCUAGAGGCCUCUGGACAACCUGUUCAACUAGAAAUGUCCAAAACCGAUCUGGAUGACUACUUUCGUGCACUGGGGAGAAAGACAUCGGAACUCGACGAGGAUUUGAACCGAAAAACAAAGCUUCGUCUGCAAUCGGAGGAUGAAUCGCAAUCCCAACUCGUGGACCUCAAGGGCAAGUUGCAGUCAAUCAAGAACGAACAGAAGAAGCUCAAUCAUGACAUUGACGAGGCCAAAAAGGAAUACGAGGACGUAAGCAGGCAGGUCUCACAAAUUUCGCGAAUGCGUAAGGACGAUGUCGAAGAUGCGAGAAACAAUGCUAAUAGACUCGCCGCACAAAGAGACAAGCUAAACAAAGAUCCACGGCGAAGCCAGAUUGCAACAGAGAUCCGAAGCUUCGAGGACAAGAGUGAUCGUCUUAAACGAGAUCUCGAAGAAGAUAGCGACGCUUUGCGUGACCUGCGAGAAACGGCAGAGGCACAACACGAAAUUACUGUUCUGAAGCAACAAAUCGCACGUGACAUCGAGGAUUUGAAGGAGUCUAUUCAAGAAUCUGAUUUUGCAUUGAAGAGCAGAAAUAUCGACAUACCGACUAUCGAGUUAGACGGGGAUGAAAUUGGCGAUGGUUUGAGCCAGGCGAUGGGUAAGCUCACGGAAGACGUUUCGUCAAAAUUUCAAAUUGCUGAUUCAGAGCUCCGAAAGGCCCGGGAGCAGUUCAACGCCCUCCAAAAUGUUGUCGCGGAGAAGAGUGCACUACUUACACGUGAUCAGCAGCUUGUUCACAACAAGAGGGACAAGCUGGCGAGUUUGAGCAGUGAGGGUGGUAUCAAGAAAGUUGAGAACGUUGUAUCCGAGUUGCGUCAAUUUGAAGCAUCAAAUGCUAUUGCAACGCCGCCUGAAUUGAACGAGACCAAACCGAAAGAGCUGCUCACUUACUUGGAAGAGAGGUUAGAAGCUGAAGAAGCCGAGAGUCUCGAGGGCAUACAACCAGAAGUUAUCAGCAAGAUAAUUAAACGCCUAAAGAACAAGGCAAAACGACCAGGUCAAAAAGUAGUCUGUCCUUGCUGCAAAAGAGGACUAGAUGACCAGGACUCAGUUCAAGUUUUCUCUGAACAGAUGAAAAUGCUCAUGGGCUCGGAAUCUCCAUUGCUAAAGGAUGGUGAAAAUAACAAGACAGCCAAAUCUCAGUAUCAAAAGUGGCGCAGGAUCACUACAGAGAACAUGAACGACAUCUUGGAGUACCGCCGCAUCGCGAAUGAAGUCAAUGAUAUAGAACACAAUUGCACAUCCCUAGAGACCGUAGUCGAAGAGAGAAAGGAAGAUCUUGAAACCACGAAAACGGCUCGAGAUGAAAUUUUGUCUGAGGUCGAUGGGCUGCGUAGUCUCCUGGAGUCCUGUAAGAUGUGGCAGGGUGCAUCAGAUCGCAUCAACCUCAAGAGAUCACAGGCAAUGAACAAGUGCAACACGCUGUCUAUCAGCGAAAGUGUGCACAGUGGCCGUGAUCUGAAAACGGUCGAACGAGACUUUGCCGAGAAGACUGAAAAGAAGGAUGAGUACCAGGAAAAGAUCAGUCGUCUCAACAAGGAGAUGACAAAGAUAAACAAUCAGAUGUCUUCAGUUUCGAAGCAGGCGACUGAUGCCGAAAAUUUAGCAAGAGAAAAGGAAGAGAAGUUUGCUGGAAUCCGAAAGCUGUCCGAUCGCAAGAAAGCUUUGAAUGAAAGAAUUUCCAAAACUUCAAAAGAACUUCUUGAGCUCGGGGAUAACAUUAAACCAAUCAAGGACAAGAUAGCAAAAAAGGAAUCAGAGAGAGAAAAAAUGAGAAAACAUACUAUGGAAGAAGAGAAUGAAAUCAGGAAAACCACCGAGCAGCUCAAGAUGUUCGAAAAUGAAUUUCGAGAACUCCAACGACAGAUUGACGAUUUUGAUUCAAGGAAUGAAGUUAAUGCUCUAGAACGCAUUGAGAACCAAAUCGAGGGGUUUCAAUCAAAGCGAAAGGAGAAAGAGGCCAAUGUAGCAAAAAUCCAACCACAUUUGGAACGGCUGAAGAAAGCAUUGGAUGACCAGGAACGACACAAAAAGAAUCUGAAUGAGAAUAUAAACCUGCUUGAUCUCAAUGCUCAAAUUCGAGACCUCGAAAGGGAGCUAGAGAACCUUCAGGAGGGCACGAAGCAAAUCAAGGGGCGUGACACUGCCAAGGAUGAUAUUGACAAUCUACAGAGGCGAAAAAACAAACUUGCUCAACAAAAUGCAAGGCUAGAAGGAAGAAGAGGCGAAAUUCACGAGAAUAUUCGAAGUUUCAAGCGGAAGCUGUCGCAACCAGAGUACCGGAGCGUAGACGAGGAGUACAGGAUAGCUUCGAUUAAGCACGACACCACGGAGAUGGCAGUUCGAGAUAUUGGAAAAUAUCAUGCAGCUCUUGACAAAGCCCUGCAGCGGUUCCACAGUCUCAAGAUUGCCGAAAUAAACACUAUCAUUAGAGAUCUAUGGAAUCUAACGUACAAGGGAGAAGACAUCACGAGUAUUGCACUCGUCUCUGGGAAGGACACUGGGUCUCGUUCAACCCGUUCGUAUAACUACAGAGUUGUCAUGACCAAAGGUACCACAGAGCUUGAUAUGCGAGGUCGCUGCAGUGCUGGACAGAGAGUUCUGGCAAGUAUUGUCAUUAGGUUGGCCCUUGCAGAGACUUUCUGUGUCAACUGUGGGUGCAUUGCUCUUGACGAACCCACUGUGAACUUAGACUAUCGAAACAAGAAGGGUUUGGCAGUUGCAUUGGCUCAAAUCAUUGCUUCCCGUGCAAAGCAGAGAAACUUUCAGCUGAUCAUGAUUACGCAUGAUGAGGACUUCGUUGCAAUCAUGAAGACAGAGUUGGCCUCCCAGACGGGAUUUUCGAUGCCUGAAAAGUACUUCCAAGUUAGGCGUGAGGAGGGAGCAGAUGGAAAGUUCUACUCCAAGAUUGAUGCGAUCGACUGGGAGGAACUAGUUUAG